AUGAGCGCGGAGCUGGACGGCGUGUCCGUGCACUCCUCCUCCUCCUCGUCGGGCUCGCUGGGCUCGGCGGCGGGGCCGGCGCCGCGGCCGCUCUCGGCGAACGUGCGGCGGCUGCACCAGGCGCUCACGGCGCUGCUGAGCGAGGCGGAGCGGGAGCGCUUCAUCCUCUGCCUCAACGCCUACCACGGCCGCCGCAACGUCUGCGACCUGGUGCGCUCCCUGCGCGCCCUCCUCGACGGGCCCCGCCGCCGGCAGCUGCUGCCGCUGCUGCGCCUCGUCCUGCCGCGGUCGGACCAGCUCCUCUUCGACCAGUACACGGCCGAGGGGCCCUACCUGCCGCCGCCCGGCCGCCCCCCGCCGCCCCCCGCCCCGCCGCCGGUGGUCCCGGGCGAGCUGCGGCAGGUGACGCUGCGCCGGAGCAAAGCCCACGAGGGUCUGGGCUUCAGCAUCCGCGGCGGUGCCGAGCACGGCGUGGGCAUCUACGUGUCCCUGGUGGAGCCGGGCUCCCUGGCCGAGCGGGAGGGGCUGCGCGUCGGCGAUCAGAUCCUGGGGGUCAACGGCAAGUCCCUGGACAGGGUGACCCACGCCGAGGCGGUCAAGGUGCUGAAGGGCUGCAAGAAGCUGAACCUGUCUGUGCACUCGGUGGGGCGCAUCCCUGGGGGCUAUGUCACCAACCACAUCUACACCUGGGUGGACCCCCAGGGCCGCAGCGUGUCCCCCCCCACGGGGCUGCCCCACCACCAGAACAGCUCCCUGCGCAGGGACAGCGAGAAGAGGAGCCACCUCCAGCUCCUGCAGGAGGGCGACGAGAAGAAGGUGAAUCUGGUCCUGAAUGAAGGGAAAUCCCUGGGCCUCAUGAUCCGAGGAGGGGCAGAAUAUUCCCUGGGCAUCUACAUCACGGGUGUGGACAAGGGCUCCGAGGCAGAGAGCACCGGCCUGAAGGUGGGAGACCAGAUCCUGGAGGUGAACGGGAGGAGCUUCCUGAGCAUCCCCCACGACGAGGCGGUGAAGCUGCUCAAGUCCUCUCGUCACCUCAUCAUGACAGUGAAGGACAUCGGGCGCCUGCCCCACGCCCGCACCACCGUGGACGAGACCCGCUGGAUCAGCAGCUCCCAGCUCGGGGAGACCCUGCUCAGCUCUGCAGGGGCAGUGGGUGACCAUGCCAUGGAUGUGGCAGCCAGGCCCGUGUUCUACCGGGGGCUGGCGGGCUCACAGGUGACCCUGAGCACCAUGGUGAACCAGACCCGGGUGAUGCUGGAGGAGCAGGCACGGCACCUGCUCAACGAACAGGAGCGGGCCACCAUGGGCUACUACCUGGACGAGUACAAGGAGGGCAACAUCUCCGUGGAUGCUCUGGUCAUGGCCCUGUUCGAGCUGCUCAACACACACGCCAAGUUCUCGCUGCUCUCCGAGGUGCGGGGGGUGAUCUCCCCACAAGACCUCGACCGCUUUGACAACCUGGUGCUGAAGAGGGAGAUCGAGUCCAUGAAGGCCCGGCAGCCCACGGGGCCCAGCACCGACUCCUACUCCAUGAUGUCCUACAGCGACACCGUCUCGUCCUCCAGCAGCCACUUCACUGCCACCACCGUCAGCUCGGCCCGGGAGCGGCUCCUGUGGCUCAUAGACCUGAUGGAGAACACGUCAGAGCUGGAGGGAGCUGGGGACUGCCACCAGAGCAGCAUCAACACCCUGCCAGAUGUGUCCCUGGAUGAUCUCUCCUCCUUCCCAGAGGAACCACCCAACUUCAAGCCUCCUCCUCCUCCUCCAUCAGCUCCCCAAACCCUGGAGCCCUCCUCUGCCCAGCACCGGCUCCCGGGGAAGGACAAACCCAAGCGCCCCUCCUCCGAGUCCUCCCAGUCCGGCCUUUUCUUCGUGGCCCCCCGAAACCCCUCUCCCCCUGCCAACCCCCCCGAGAAGGACACGGUCAGCGUCACCUCCACGGCCUCCACGUCCACCGAGGAUUCUGCCCCCAGCGCCAUCUACGCCACCAUCUCCCCGUCCCUGCACGGCUCCCGCAGGGACCCCCAGCUCUCCCUGCUCAGCCAGCACCCCAUCGGGCCCUUCCCCAGGGUGCAGUCCCCCACCAGGCUCAAGAGCCCAUCCCCAGAGGGGCUCCAGAGCCCCCCGUCCCCCACCCCUCCUCCCCCGCCCGCGCACCCCGCGCCCCCUCCCCCGGACAAGGGCAGCCCCCAGGCCGUGGCCAACCAGCAUUUCAUCAUGGUGGAGGUGCACCAGCCCAACAGCGAGCCCGACGUCAACGAAGUGAGGCCCCUGCCCCAGGCCAGAGCCUCCACGCUCUCCCAGCUGUCGGACAGCGGGCAGACCCUCAGCGAGGACAGCGGGGUGGACAUCGGGGAGGUCGAGACGAGCGGCAAGGACAAGAGCCGGCAGCCAGGCGCCGGGAAAAGCCGGAGCCUCAAGGAGGCCACGAGGAGCGAGGGGGCGGCAGAAGGGGCCUCCAAGCCGCCAGGGCUCCUGGAGCCCACGUCGUGUCUGAUCCGGGUGUCCAAGAGCGCUCCCACCUUGGGCAUCGCCAUCGAGGGCGGCGCGAACACGCGGCAGCCGCUGCCCCGCAUCGUCACCAUCCAGCGGGGGGGCUCGGCACACAACUGCGGGAAGCUGAAGGUGGGACACGUCAUUUUGGAGGUGAACGGCACAGGGCUGCGAGGAAAAGAGCACCGGGAAGCCGCCCGCAUCAUCGCCGAGGCCUUUAAGCUGAAGGAAAAGGACUACAUCGAUUUCCUGGUCACAGAAUUCAACGUGGCCCUUUAG